GCGCCUUAGUACCGUCGCGUCCAUCGAGGGAGUCGGUUCGCGACGAAUUCGGUUCCUUUCUUCACCGUAACAAAAGCUCUGGUUCGGUCCGAUUCGUUGGUUCACGCGAAAACUUGGAUCGGAAGUCGUGCGCGGUUCGUCGCGUGAUCUGUUUCUCUCACAAUUAGUGCGUUGAUACCGUGACGCGAAACAUGCCGCGUUCCAUCGACGACGAGGGCUAGCCUUGCCCUUGAAGGAGCCGUUUGGAGUAAUCGACUGUCGACACCAGUGCGCGUACCGCGCACGACCUGCCAGCUGUGCUCCGAAUCGCGACCGUGUGUGUUUGUGUUCGACGUUUUUUCCCUUGUUUUCCACAUCGCGUGAAAAUUUCUCCCUCUCCACCGCCGCCCCCCGUCACAAAAGAAGACCUUACUUUACUCUCGUGUUUGUCUCCCGUCGUUCAGUUCUGUUUGGUGCUUAUGGUGAAUACCAGCGGGGACGAUUGAGCUCGAGGGAACAAAGGGACGGACCAGCGACGUCGUUGUGUAUCGAUCGAGAGCCGAAGCUGCGGUUGACGUUGCGACAUCCUAAAGGAAUUGGUAUCCACCAGGAGCCUCACUGAUCGCGCAAUCCAAAGGGGGAAUUGGUGCACACCGAGCGAGACUUGUCGGUAGAAUGCAGCGAUACGAAAUGCGGUGCUCGUCCGCAACGAGGCGAUGAGAAGCCUGAAUGGAGGCCGAGGAAGCCUCAGAGCCCCCUGGGGCUCCGACCAACGUCUCCUCAGAGCGCAUCGAGAUCAACCUUAGUCGCGUCGCGUCGCAGCCAGUCUAGACUCUGCUCGUCCUAGUUUACCAGGGAUGAUCUAAGCAAAACCGUAAUCAGUCGUCGACCAACGAACCAACCCAGGCCAACGCGAUCCACGUCGGGCUACAAACUCGCUGAGAAUUAAUCGCUGAGAGCCGUUCACGGACUGGAUCUUCUCACCUCAAGAAUCGAAUUAAUAUGACAGUAAACCUCGCAGGGGAUCGACGCACACUGGCGUACAACCACAAAGACCAACGAAACGUAAUCCCCGACUCUCGUUUCAUCGGUUAGGCUCGUUUAGACAAAGAUCCCGAGGAUGGCGGCGCCGGUGAUCGAGAAGAAGCGAUUCUUCUGCCGCGAAUGGGCGUUCGUGAAGCUGUCCCAUUGCUUGGAGCAGAGGCCAGCCUCGAAGACCUGCGGCGCUCUGAUCGUCGGUGGUCCAGGAAGCGGGAAGACCGCGUUAUGCGCCGAACUGGCGUGGCCGUCGACCGGCGCCAACGCCAAACAUCAGAGGUCCUUGAACAGGAGACUUCUGGCCAGGCACUUUUGCCAGGCCAGGAGCGAGGCGUCUUUGUCACCGGCCCAGUUCGUCAGAUCCUUGGUCGCUCAACUCCUGCAGGCUAGCUCGGACGGAAUUCACAGAGCGUCGCCAAGCUCUCCUUCUCCUGGCGGUACCACCACAACCACCGCCAACGUCACGACCCUCCCGUCGACCUCGAGGGAGGCAGUGGCCGAAGCUUACGCCGAAAAGCUCAGAACAGAUCCGGACAUACAGGCCGCCCUGCAACCAGACGUCCUCGACAGAGAUCCCGACGACGCUCUGAAGAAGGCUCUGCUGUUUCCCCUGUUAGAGGUGGAGCCACCAAAGAGCUGCUUGUUUCUGUUGGUUGAUUCCAUCGACGAGGGACAAACCCUGAAUCCUCCGCAGACUGGUACCAGAGACUCGAGAAGGGAGAACGACAAUGUCAGCAGGACGAUCGCCGAACUGCUGGCCAACCACCACCACCUGUUCCCUCAGUGGUUGCUGCUGGUCUGUACCGCUCGGCGUCAAAGUAAAUCCAUCUCGCGGAUGUUCACCGGGUUCAGAAAGAUCUCGUUGGACGACCUAAGGAAAUCUCACGUCGUGAGGGACGUUCAGCAGUACAUCCUCGCGCGUUUGGACCAGGAGGAGGCGCUCAGGCAGCACAUCUCGUGCGACACGGCCGAGAUGCUAAACCAGCUGCACAUCAAGAGCAACGGUUGUUUUCUGUAUCUGGAGAAGGUUCUCGACGGCGUGGCCGAGAACUUUAUCGUGUUGCGCGAGGUCCGCGAGAUACCAGGCACCCUGAACGGUCUUUACCUCUGGCUGUGCCAGAGACUCUUCAGCAGGAAGCAGUUCGCCAAGGUUCAACCGUUGUUGAACGUGAUCCUGGCCGCCAAGCUACCGAUCACCCAGGAAAUCCUCUACAAAUGCGUCAAGACAGCCUGCACAGGGAUCACCGUGGAGGACUUCAACCGACGUUUGCACCUUCUGCGCAGGGUGAUCUCGGUGUCCCGUGCUGGAGCACUGAUGCUGUUCCAUCACAGUUUCGCCGAGUGGUUGCUCGACGUGAAACACUGCACGCAAAAGUAUCUGUGCUCCGCCAUCGAGGGCCACGCCAUGUUGGCGGGUUACUAUACUCUUCGCGGCUCGGAGCUGAACCCUGACGAGAUCUGCGUACUGGGCCAGCAUCUCCAACGAGCCAUAACGAGCGUGGCUACCGCCAACUGCAACUUGGACGUCCACACGCUUCAGGUGCUCUGGAUGAUAGGCAGCGGAGCGCCCAUCGAGGAUUGCUACUUGGACAGCUCCGAGUGCAUCCUCUGGCCCAGGCAAGAGGUGAAGCUACUCAGACUACUCAUCGACGCUGGAGCUAAACCAUCCGAGAAGGUGGCCGAGGACGAUGCCAAUAAGGAUGCUAUUUCUUCUAGUCAGGUCUCGCAAGAUGUAAGCCCAAUGGACGAAUCUCCUAGCGAACCCUUAACUGAACUGCUCGGCGAGAGCGGUGACAUCAAUCAAACUGAUUCCUGCGGACGAACAGUGCUGCAUACGCUCGCUGCGGACGGUAACGCGUCUCUGUUGGAGCUGGCUCUAGCAACGUGCCCUCAGGCGAAACUAGAAGCCACCGAUCGCCACGGUCAGACUCCGUUGAACUUGGCUGCCAGGCACGGCUACGGGGACGUUGUCAGAGUGCUCUUGUCUGCUGGAGCCUGUGCAGAUCAUGCUGACUGCGACGGUUGGACGGCCCUCAGAGCUGCUGCAUGGGGUGGACACACUCAGGUGGUCGAAAUGCUCUUGAAACACGGAGCAUUGGUGGAUUGCGCUGACUGGGAUCAACGAACCGCACUGAGAGCAGCUGCGUGGGGUGGCCACGAGGAUAUCGUUAAAGCACUUCUGCAGCACGGCGCCGACGUCAACAGAACGGAUGACGAGGGCAGAACCGCUUUAAUUGCUGCUGCCUACAUGGGUCACAGCGAGAUCGUCGAACACCUUCUAGACUUCGGUGCGGAGAUCGAUCACGCUGAUAGCGACGGAAGAACAGCUCUCAGCGUCGCUGCUUUAUGCGUUCCAUCCAACCAUGGCUACGCAAAGGUGGUCACUAUACUGUUGGAGAGAGGAGCCGCUGUCGAUCAUCAAGACAAAGACGGCAUGACCCCGCUGUUGGUAGCAGCGUUCGAAGGGCACAGGGACGUUUGCGAGUUGCUUCUGGAAUACGAAGCAGACGUAGACCACUGUGACGCCACGGGACGUACACCUUUGUGGGCAGCAGCCAGUAUGGGCCAUGGAUCGGUUGUCGCUCUUCUGUUAUUUUGGGGAUGCUACGUUGACAGCAUCGAUAACGAGGGCAGGACCGUUCUCAGCGUGGCUGCUGCCCAAGGUGGUACAGACGUGGUGAAACAAUUGCUAGACAGAGGUUUAGACGAGCAACACAGAGACAAUUCAGGCUGGACACCGUUACACUACGCGGCGUUCGAAGGUCAUCUCGACGUUUGCGAAGCCCUGUUGGAGGCUGGAGGAAAAAUUGACGAAACCGACAACGAUGGGAAAGGAGCUCUGAUGCUCGCCGCUCAAGAGGGUCACUACGCGUUAGUCGAAAGACUUUUAGAUCAUCACACCGCUCCCAUCGAUCAACACGCUCACGAUGGGAAGACCGCCCUGAGACUUGCAGCUCUCGAGGGACAUUACGACACCGUCAGGGUCCUGUUGGCUCACAACGCUGACGUGAACGCGAAGGACGCAGACGGCAGAAGCACUCUCUACAUCCUCGCGUUGGAGAACAGGCUGGCUAUGGCGCGGUUCCUGUUGGAACAUGCUCGCGCUGACGUGGAAAGUAGAGAUUCGGAAGGCAGAACUCCUCUGCAUGUAAGUGCUUGGCAAGGACACGUUGAGAUGGUAGCUUUGUUGCUAACGGAAGGCAGCGCCAAUGUGAACGCAUGCGACAACGAGAACAGAACUCCUCUUCAUUCCGCGGCCUGGCAAGGACACGCUGCCAUUGUCAGGCUACUUCUAGAACACGGAGCCACCCCUGAUCAUACUUGUAACCAGGGCGCGACGGCUCUAGGCAUCGCCGCGCAAGAAGGCCACGAACACUGCGUGCGAGCACUCCUCAAUCAUGGUGCUGACCCCAGCCAUUCGGAUCACUGUGGUCGAAACGCGAUUAAAGUGGCCGCCAAGAGUGGCCACGACACCGUGGUGAGGCUACUCGAAGAACAUUCUGCUAAUCAACGAAGUCUACGACCUGGUGUUAACGGAGGAGGAAGUAGUAGCGCUACUUCUGUGACCUCCAACUCGACGGCAGAAACGAAACCAUCGUCCGCGAUUCUGAAUCCCCUCUCGACGCAGUACAGCCCCGCGGAAUCGCCAGAUUCGACCAAGAGAAGAAGCUGCGUAUCCCUGGGCAAUAACUCUAGCAACAGCAAAUCCAGCAGCAACCUGACCGGCAGCACGAAAAGCGAUCAAGGGAAAUUCAAUCAGAACUCGAUGGUGAAUCAGGUAAUAAAAACACCAUUAUCUUUCACACAACAACUCCAACAAUGUUCGAGGGGAGCCAAGAGUCGACCGCUCAGCAAACUCUUGUCGCCUUUGAAAAGCGAACCGCAGAGUCCAAUUUACGCUUCGCCACCUCAUUCGCCGUUAAGCGACAGCCUCAUACCUUAUUCACCUACGAACACGAGUCCACCGAGCGCCCAAAUAGCAGCGAACGUGAUACAAAGUCAGCUGGGUGUGUCCCUGUUGACCGGCAACCAGAACAUACCGUACAAAACACAGAUCGGAAGUUACAAUCACGCUCCAGCCAUUUACGAGCCGAUCAACAUAAAAACGGAGAUCAUCGAGAAGAAUGACGUUAGUAAACCGUUCGAAUUGACCAACGAAAUGUUAGGUUUAAACGUUGGCAAGGAGAAGAAGAACGGCCUCGACGAAAAGAGAAACUCGGCCGACACCCAUUUCACUAGGGACACCCACAUGAGGAUAAUUCUGGGCAAUAGCGGAGCUGGCGUUGGCAGAAGCGUCAAACAUACCUCGGAUCAUACGCCUGGAAGUGCAAGUAACGCAAAACCAAAGCGCAAUGGCUUGGUUUCCAACCCAGCCAUGAGAUUAGUAGCGGGUGUUAGGAACGGAAUUGAGAAUGCGACUAAUAGAAAUAAACCGAUUACAACGCGAGUAAAUGGAUUUCAGUGGAAGGCGGAGGCACGAAAGGAAACACCUUUGUAGGGACAGGUUGUAUUGACAGAAUCACCUCAGCAGGACAACGGAAUCCGUUAUUGCGCCUGGCGAAUCGUUAUCACCAAAAAGCGAAAGUCAAUAAACAAAUUUCUCUCAUUUUAUUUGAGCAAAAUCAAA